AUGUCUUUAGUCUCAAACACCAAAACUUUGAAACAAAAGUCGAGAGAAGAUGGUUGCGACAAUUUAUUGGAAGUUGUGAAAGCAUUUUGUGAAAAGUACUAUAUUGAGGUUCUUGAAAUGGAUUCUCCAUAUGUGGCAAACCACGGUCAUCACCAACAUAUUGAUUUCAAUAUGGAGCACCAUUAUCAGGUUGAGAUAUUCAAUGCUGCUAUAGAUUCUCAACUUCUUGAGCUAAAUAGUAAAUUUAAUGAACUGGCAAUUGAUCUUCUUAAAUUUAAUGAACUGGCAAUUGAUCUUCUUACCCUUAGCUCUGUUUUGGAUCCUAAGGAUGCUUAUAAAUCUUUCAAUAUGGAUUAUAUUUCUUGUAUUGUGGAAAAAUAUUAUCCUAUUUAUUUCAUUGAGCAAGAGAAAGUAAUCUUUAAGAAUCAGCUACAACAUUAUAAGUAA